AUGGUCUCAGUUCAGAGCUGCACCAGGAGGAAUAUGGCUGGCUCUCCUCCUGCUUUUCCCGGCUUCGGGAACUCUGGAAAGAGUUUUCUUAUUGACAAUCUGCUGCAGUCACAGACGCCUUCAGCCCGUCCGGAAUGGACGGCAGGUGGACACCUGAGACGAGCAGAACGUCCGAGGAGAACCUGGGGCUCUGAGCAUGGAGCCUAUCAAAGCCAGGCCCACAGUCCCCUGCAGGGGAAAGAUUUAGGAGGACCACUUCUGCCGCACUCAGGUGUACUGAGUAGUGUUUUCCUGCGGAGCCCGCAGUAUCUGCUGGCAUGCUGCGGUGGGUCCAGCCCCCCUCCUGUCUUCUCCAAGGGAGCAAAUAUUCGAAUGUGGUCUGCUGAUAUAAGUCCUAGGUCACGCAGAGGGAUCCUCAGGAGGGCUGUGUUCUCUGAAGAACAACGGAAAGAGCUGGAGAGAACUUUUCGGAGACAGAAAUACAUCAGCAAGACAGACCGGAACAAGCUGGCAGCUGAUCUCAGUCUCAAGGAGUCACAGGUAAAGAUCUGGUUCCAGAACCGCCGAAUGAAGUGGAGGAACUGUAAGGAAAAGGAAGUUCAUAACACUCGCUCCCCAAUGGAUGAGCUCAUGGCCCAAGGUCUUGCUCAGGAGGAGGAAGAACCAUCGCAGAAACACUCCGACUCAAAGAAUGAGAGAUCACCCCCACAGAAGAGUGUCUGGGACACAUGAGAGAUAGUAAUGAGUGGAAAGUAAACCAAUGACUCUCAAAUUCACAAAAAGCUGUAAAAAAAAAAAGGCUACUGGGAGGGUGUUAAAACUACGUGGAUGGAAAACACGGUCUGUGAAGACUAACACUGAUCAUAUUAACUCUUUAAUGAAUGUAAUUGUC